AUGAGUAGUUCGACAGCGAGCAAUUCCACUGCUAGUACAACAGGAUCAUUAAUACUUCGUGUUGUUGAUGCUCAAACAAGUGUUGAAAAUGGACGUAAAUUUACUAAGUAUAAAGUAACUGUAAAUCACAAUGGUCAAGAAUGGGAAUUAUGGAGACGUUAUAAAGAAUUUCAUACCUUAAAUGAAAAGCUUCGUCGUGUUCGUUCCGAUAUAAAAUUACCCGGUCGUCGUUUAUUAGGUGACUCAUUUGAACCUGAUUUCAUAUUAAAACGUCAACGUGGUCUCAAUGAUUAUGUUCAACAACUUUCCACUAAUUCACAAAUAGUUAAUAUGCCGGAAUUUAGUGAAUUUUUUGGUAUAACUAAAACAGCAUCAAAUGCAUCGCCUAAAUUAGCAACAAAUACAUCACAAUUAAGUAAUAAUAAAACGAAUAAUAAUGUUGUUAAAUCAAAUAGUGAAGAUACAGACGAUCCACAAACACCGACCGAUACAAUUCGUGUUAAUUUGGGCAAAACUGAAAAAACUUCAGUUAAACCUGAUGAUUUUGAAUUUCGAACAUGUAUUGGAAAAGGUUCAUUUGGAAAAGUUUAUUUAGCUCGACAUAAAACUGAAGAUACGAUCUAUGCUGUUAAAGUUGUAAGUAAAGCAUUAAUCAAACGAAAACGUGAAGAACGUCAUAUUAUGGCUGAACGUGAUGUACUUGUUAAAAAUACUCGUCAUCCAUUUCUUGUAUCACUUCAAUAUUCAUUUCAAACACCAGAUAAACUUUAUUUUGUUAUGGAUUUUGUUAAUGGUGGUGAAUUAUUCUUUCAUUUACAACAAGAACGAGCAUUUAGUGAACAACGUGCUCGAUUCUAUGCAGCAGAAAUAACAUCAGCUAUUGGUUAUCUUCAUAAACUUGAUAUUAUUUAUCGAGAUUUAAAACCAGAAAAUAUUUUACUUGAUCGAGAAGGACAUAUUCGUUUAACUGAUUUUGGUCUAUGUAAAGUUAUGUUGUCAUCUGAAGGACGUGAAGGACGAACAGCAACUUUUUGUGGAACACCAGAAUAUCUUGCACCAGAGGUACUACGACGUGAAGCAUAUACAAAAGCUGUUGAUUGGUGGUGUUUAGGCUCAGUCACUUAUGAAAUGUUAUGUGCUCGACCACCAUUCUAUUCACGUGAUGUUAAUGAAAUGUAUGAUAAUAUUUUAAAUCGACCACUUCGUUUUAUUGGAAAUGUUUCUGAACGUGCUCGAAGUUUAAUUGAACAAUUAUUAAGAAAAGUUCCAAGUGAACGCUUAGGUAGUGGACCAGAGGAUGUAGCUGAAAUAAAACGACAACCAUUCUUUGAUCAAAUUGAUUGGGAAAAAUUAGAAGCACGAAAAAUUCCACCACCAUGGAAACCAUCUGUUAGUGGUCCAACUGAUCUUGGUCAAGUUGAUAAAGUAUUUACACAGGAAACAAUAUCACCAAGUGUUCAAGAACAUUUUAUUGGCAGUGUGACAAAUAAAGAUCCAUUAUUUAAUGGAUUUACAUAUGUUCAUGAAGCACAUUUGAAUUAG